GACAUAUCUUUCCUCGGCCAUUGAACGCAGCAAGCACAUCAACAUGGCAUCUUUCCGCUCCAUACUCGGCCUCGCACCCUCCAAGGCGUCUACAGACGACAGCGUCCUCGUCAUCAUCGAUGCACAGAACGAGUACGCGUCAGGCAAACUGGCCGUCCGCGACGUCGAUGCAUCCCGGGCCAAGAUUGCCUCGCUGCUGGAAAAGUACCGCGCAGCUGGUGCCCCCCUUGUGCACGUCGUCCACGCCACGCCCGAGGGGGCCCCCAUCUUCACGCCCGGCACCGCGCUGGCCGAGGAGUUCCAGGAGUUGACGCCGCGUAGUGGCGAGUCGGUUGUCACCAAGAACUUCCCCGGGCCCUUCACCCAGACGAACCUGCACCAGCUGCUCCAGAAGACGGGGCGUAAGAAGGUCGUCGUGACGGGCUACAUGGCCCACGUCUGUGUUACCAUGACCUCGCGCCAGGCCAUGGAGAAUGGCUACGACGUGGUGAUUGCGGGUGAUGCUGUCGGUGAUCGCGACAUCCCCGGCGUCAAGGGGGACGAGUUGACACGGACGGUUCUCGCCGAGCUGGGGGAUGCCAUCGGGACUGUCGUGCAGAGCGACGAGAUUGUAUAGUCGGGGUGGUUGAUCUUCAAUCUACGAACUGUAUGUAGUUCAAUCUUAAAUAGAUUCUCCUUCGUGAGCCGACACUCGGAAAUCCAUCAGCUCGUGCAGUAGCCGCCACCCACCAUUGGAACCGCAAGUCCGCUUCCGCAUCUCCGAGGCUUGCUGAUUGUUCAGCAAUUGACUCUGGGGCUGGAAGUCGGCACUUGAUGCUCCACGGUGGUGGGGACAUGACAUCGACGAGGG